AUGGAUAUUGAAAGACUCGUGGCCCUGGGAACCAAACUAGACCUCUCGGGAGCCGAACUAAAAAGGUGGAUAGAGAAAGAGACCGCCAAACAAAGAAAGGCGAGAGCCCUAGAGCGAGAAGCUACCAGGGAGGCCAUUAAGCGGGAACAAGAGGCUGCGAAAGCAGCCGCCGAGAGGGAGCUUGAGAUACUGAGGCUGAGGCUAGAGUUUGAGAACAAGAAGGAGGGGAAACGCUCAUCCGGAGCAGGAACUGACGGCGGGGGUCAGAGCGUUUUGAAAUUGAAUCCGAACAAGCUCCUACUCGCCUUUGACGAAAGGAACGACGACCUUGACGCUUAUAUAAGAAGGUUUGAGGGAAUCGCUUUAAGCCAAAAGUGGCCAGAGAGCCAAUGGACCACCGCCCUAAGCAGGUGCCUCACGGGGGAAGCCCUCAGUGUGUAUGGGCGAUUGCCGCCCGUAUAUGCCGCCGAUUACGGCAAAGUGAAAGCCUCACUGCUCAAGAGGUUCCGGUUUACCGUUGAGGGCUUUCGCGAUAAAUUCCGUGUUGGGAAGCCAGUAGAUGGAGAGACGGCCACUCAAUACGCCGCCAGGCUUGGCCACUACUUCGACCGGUGGGUCGAGCUGGCCGCAGUGACCAAAGAUUUUGAAAGUCUCCGGAAGCUGGUUAUCAAAGAGCAGUUCUUAAGGGGUUGUCAUCCAGCAAUGGCCAUCUAUUUGAAGGAAAGAAAACUGCCACAUUUGGAUGUACUGUUGGAGAUGGCGGACCAAUUUUUGGACGCGCAAGGUCAUAGUAACCUGGGGAGAGCCGGGAAAAACGAAGCCGAACCCUCAGCGAAGAAAAGCAGCGAGGGGGGCGGGCCUCCGAGGUCUGCUAUGAGGUGCUCCCUCUGUAAUAAGACGGGGUACAAAGCUGCACAAUGUCGUAGCCUGUACCACACCGGACAGGUGCCCACAUGCCAAAAGUGUGGCAGGAAGGGAUAUACGACGGAUGUCUGCCGGGGCCAGACGAAACCUCAGGCGUCGGGCAUCUAUAUGCCCCGACAAGACAGAAAGGACGGAAACGUCACGGAUGGGCUCUUAGAGCUGGAGGAUGGGACGAAAAUUCCGGUCGUCAACGCGGUAAUGACCCCGCGCCAUAAGUUCCUGGUCGAGGGAAUGCCAGUCGUUGAGGGAACAAUCGGACAGAAAAAGAUCACGGUUCUGCGCGACACGGGGAGUAACACAGUCAUCGUAAGACGAGGAUUGGUCGACGACGGCCUCCUCACUGGAACCAAGAAGCCACUGUAUCUCGUCGAUGGAACCGUGAAAAUGCUUCCCGAGGCCCAUAGCCACGUUAAAACGCCCUACUUCGACGGAGGACUCAAAGCCCUGUGCAUGGACGGGCCCCUGUACGACCUCGUGCUCGGCAAUAUUCCCGGUGCUAGAGAACCGGACGACCCCGCGACUGAUGUGGGGGCGGGGGACGACCCGAUACCGACAGAGCGAGUGCGGGAGGACCCGGCGGAACUUGACACACAGGAGAGCCAGGACGAGCCAGGACGCGAAACCCGGGCGGAAGUGGAAGAUCCCCCAACUCCGGCGUGUGCCGUGGAAACCAGGACCCAGAGAAAGAAACAACAAACUGGAUUGAAAAAAACUACACGUGCCUCAAAUCGAAGGGCUGGCCAUCGACACGCCGGGCUUCGCUGA